GUUCAAGAUAAUGUGAUACGAUUCGAGCACGUUCCGCUCGUCACUCCUAAUGGUGACGUUCUCAUAGAUGAUCUCAAUCUCGUGGUCCCAUCAGGAACAAAUGUGCUAGUGUGUGGUCCAAAUGGAUGCGGAAAAAGUUCGCUGUUCCGUGUUUUAGGAGAACUUUGGCCUUUAUUCGGUGGAAGACUUACUAAACCGGCAAAAGGAAAAUUAUUCUACGUUCCUCAGCGACCAUAUAUGACUUUGGGAACAUUGAGAGAUCAAGUGAUCUAUCCAGAUCGACCUAUGGAUAUGUUGAAAAAAGGCUAUACAGACAACGACCUUGAAGAGAUGUUAGCACAUGUUCAACUUUCCCAUAUACUCACACGAGAAGGGGGAUGGAAUGCUGUACAGGAUUGGAUGGAUGUGCUGUCAGGCGGUGAGAAGCAGAGAGUUGCUAUGGCUCGUCUGUUCUAUCACAGGCCACAAUUCGCAAUUCUCGACGAAUGCACUUCAGCGGUCAGCGUAGAUGUCGAAGGCGCUAUGUACAAAAUCUGCCGCAAGAUGGGCAUUACUCUUUUUACGGUCUCGCACCGUAAAUCAUUAUGGGUUCAUCAUGAAUAUUUCCUACAUAUGGAUGGCCGCGGUUCUUACCAGUUCGAAAAAAUCGACGAAAACACCGCCAUGUUUGGUUCAUAA